GGAACGUUUCUCUUUGUUCCGGAUUGACUGAGGCAGACAUGGCAGCAGAAGGAGACGUCGAUUUGGACCUGGAAGCUGAAGAAAAUUGCACUGGAAAGCCCGCAGAAAAACCCCGAAAACAUGACAGCGGCGCGGCUGACUUGGAGAGGGUUACCGAUUAUGCGGAGGAAAAGGAAAUCUCCAGCUCUGAUCUACAGACGGCCAUGUCUGUGAUUGGAGAUCGACGUUCACGCGAACAGAAAGCCAAACAGGAAAGGGAAAAGGAGCUGGCCAAAGUCACCAUCAAGAAAGAAGAUGUGGAGCUCAUUAUGUCAGAGAUGGAGAUCUCCAGAGCGACGGCGGAGAGAAGUCUGAGGGAACACAUGGGAAAUGUGGUGGAAGCUUUGGUGGCACUAACAAACUGACCAUGUGGAUGAGGAUUUUUAGUCAAAAAUGUCUGCUCCAGUCUUUUUUUUUUUUUUUUUUAAAUAAAGUUAUUUAAAGCCUAA